AUGGUCACGUCGUGGAUUCUAAAUGUUAUUUCUAAAGAUUUAGUUGAAGCCUUCUUGUAUACCACUACUGCACAUGAGCUAUGGAGUGAAAUCAAAGAGAGACUUGGGGAAAGUGAUGGGCCUUUGAUUUAUCAAAUUCAGAGAAAAAUAGCAUCUAUUUCUCAGGAGAAUGAUUCUGUCUCAGUUUAUUACACGAAGUUGAAGAAGCUUUGGGAUGAAUUAGCUUCUAUUGAUCCUUUGCCUGCUUGUACAUGUGGAGCUUCUAAGGCUAUAGUUGAUAUCAUAAAUAGAACUAGACUAAUGCAAUUUCUCAUGGGAUUACAUGAUGGAUAUGAUCAAGUUAGAAAUCAGUUGCUUUUACUUGAUCCUUUUCCUACUAUAAACAAGGCUAAUUCUAUGAUACUUCAAGUUGAGUCACAGAGGCUUGUGGUAUUCAAUUUUGUAGAACGUGGUUCUUCAAUAGCUUUACUAGCUAAACAUCAAUCAUCCUUCAAGUCUGAUUCAUCUAGAAUUACUACAAAUAAAGCAUUUUGUGACUAUUGUCAUAAACCAGUAUAUGUGGAUGAUGUUUUGAUUACUGGUAUAGAUUCUGAAGCUAUUUCUGCAGUUAAACUUGCUUUUGAUGCUAAAUUCACUACUAAGGAUCUUGGUUAUCUUAAAUACUUCUUGGGUUUAGAAGUAGCCAGGUCUGAUUCUGAAACUUUUAUUAGUCAAAGGAAAUUUAUCCUUGAUACUCUUACUGAGUGUGGUCUAUCUGAUUCUAAGCCAGCCUCCUUUGUCUAA